AUGGCUAACGAAUCCAUGAUGAAGAAGGAGGUGCAAGUUGCUAAGGGGUCAGAAGAGAAAGAUGCUCUAGAAAAGGCUGAAGUUACACUGUCAUACGCCCCACCUAGGGCACCUAUACUAGAGCCUGAAGUAUCACACCUUCAGGAGCUCCAAGAGGAGACCAGGGAUAAGCAGUUCUUUCAGUUCUUGGAGGUCUUUAAAAAGUUACAGAUCAACAUUCCUUUUGCUGAGAUUCUGGAGAAAAAGCCUUCCUAUGCUGCAUUCAUGAAAUGCUUACUCUUUGAGAAGAUGGCUUUAAAAGGAGAUGAAACAGUGGUCCUGAUCAAGGAAUGUAGUGCACUCAUUCAGAGCAAGCUGCCAAAGAAGAUGCCGAAUUUAGGGAGCUUUCAGAUUUCUUGUACUAUUAAAAAUAUCAUUUUUGACAAAGCCUUUUGUGAUAUUGGCUCAAGUAUCAAUCUGAUAGCCAUGUCUGUGAUGAAGAAGCUGCAAAUUCAAGAGGCACAGCCUAUAAGGAUAGCAUUGUAG